ACGGCAUAAGCAAGUGGCUGUCAUGGACCCAACGAGGCUCGCUCCUUUAACACUAACAGCUGCCUGCUAGCCGAGAUUCAAGAUGUGCACGUGUGUCUGUCUCUUAUAUUUACCCCAACAGGUCGCCUUUGCAGCUCUACCCCUUCUCUGGGGAAGGAGGGACGCAAUUACUCCAGUAGUAUGCAUGCUUUUGAAAGGCUCCUCACUAGCAAAUGAGUCGAUAUGGGAAUCUGCCUCGGGCAAUUCCUAUGUGGAGAGACCACUUAAGCUUACCCGGGGUACUUUGACGAAUCGUAACAAAAUGCAAUUGAUCUGCCAUUAUAGCUUCUCUAUAUGAAGUCGUUCAAUCAUCACCAGCAACGUUCUUUUGAUCAUAGUGAACAAUUAAAUUGAAACAUGUCUUUAGGCGCCUGGCCCUUCUCCUCCGGGGAUCAACUGAACA